ACUGUUCAAUUUACAACCUCUCUCUACUACUAUUACAUGUAGCCUGUAGGUCUGUAGAAUAAUACUAUUUACUAUUAUUAUACUUGGCGUUCGAAUCAAAUUAUAUAUUUUGUAACGCUCAUUUCUCAUUCGGCCUGACUGCCACUUUUGCCGCCGACGACCUGUUAGGUCCUCUCUCUUUCCAUCGCCGACCUCGUGCGCGCAAGGUAGUAAAUCAAACGCCGUACCUAUUUAUAAUAGUAAAAUAAUCCUUCGAAAUGGAAAACUACCACAAAAUGGAAUCGUCAGCCACACAGACCCUACGGGACUUGGCCAACAAACUCAGAAUCAACUCUAUCGUGGCCACUAACGCUUCGAAAUCCGGCCAUCCUACAUCAUGUGCUUCAAUGGCAGAAAUUAUGUCCGUACUCUUUUUCCAUACAAUGCGCUACAAAGUUUCGAGCCCAAAAGAUGCAUCAAAUGACAGAUUCAUUUUGUCUAAGGGUCAUGCAGCUCCAAUUUUAUAUGCAGCAUGGGCUGAAGCUGGAUUAUUCCCGGUCUCAGAUUUGACCAAUUUGAGAAAGAUUGACAGCGACCUGGAGGGUCAUCCCACUCCACGUUUAAACUUCAUUGAUGUUGGUACCGGCUCUUUAGGCCAAGGUCUUUCAGUUGCAUGUGGAAUGGCGUAUGUUGGAAAAUACUUUGACAAAGCGUCUUACAGAACAUUCUGUUUGUUGGGUGAUGGUGAGAGCGCCGAAGGUUCUGUCUGGGAAGCUUUGAACUUUGCAUCGUUCUACAACUUAGACAAUUUAGUUGUAAUUUUCGACAUCAACCGAUUGGGUCAAUCGGGACCUACGCCAUUGCAACAUGACAUGGAAGUUUACCGACAGAGAUUGACGUCAUUUGGUCUGAACGCCAUUGUUGUCGAUGGACAUGACAUCGAAGAAUUAGCUAAAGCAUUCCAUGAAGCCGCGAUCACAAAGGGCAAACCAACAGCCAUCUUAGCAAAAACAUUCAAAGGUAAAGGAUUUACCAACAUUGAAGAUUUGGAAAAAUGGCACGGUACACCUUUAAACGACAAGGCAGUAAAAGUCUUAGAGGAGGUGAACGGUCAAAUAAGAAACAAGAAAUUGUCUGUUAACAUUCCAAAACCCAUCCAAGAUGCUCCCAAUAUCAAUAUCACUAACGUCAAGUUGAACACUCCUCCAGCUUAUAAACUCGGCGAGAAAGUAGCUACACGUGUAGCGUACGGUACUGGUUUAGCCAAAAUCGCAGCAAACAACAGUAGAGUAAUCGCCUUAGAUGCCGACACCAAAAAUUCUACAUACUCCGACAAAAUAAAAGUCCAAUUCCCCGAGAGACAUAUCGAAUGUUUCAUCGCUGAACAAAACAUGGUAAGCGUAGCAGUAGGAACAGCAUGUCGAGACCGAACGAUUGCGUUUGUGUCUACCUUCGCCACAUUCUUCACCAGGGCAUUCGAUCAAAUUCGUAUGGGUGCCAUUUCACAAACUAACGUAAACUUUGUCGGAUCCCAUUGUGGAAUCAGUAUCGGUGAGGACGGACCCAGCCAGAUGGGUUUGGAAGAUAUAGCCUUGUUCCGAAGUGUACCAGGAUCGACUGUUUUCUACCCGGCUGACGCUGUCAGCACUGAAAGAUCGGUAGAAAUAGCUGCCAACACCAAAGGAAUUUGUUUCAUACGUACAUCUAGGCCUCCAACAGCCGUUAUUUACAAAAAUGACGAAGUAUUCCAAAUCGGAAAGGCUAAGGUUGUAAAGAGCUCUCCAUCAGAUAAAGUGUUGGUGAUCGGUGCUGGUGUCACACUCUAUGAAGCGUUAAACGCUGCCGAGGAGUUGAGCAAGUCUGGCAUUAGUGUUCGUAUCAUUGAUCCGUUCACCAUCAAACCACUAGAUGCCCAAACCAUCAUAAGUAACGCAAAAGAAUGUGGUGGUAAUAUAAUUACAGUCGAAGAUCAUUACCCUGAAGGUGGUCUAGGCGAAGCGGUGAUGUCGGCCGUAGCUGAAGAAAAGAACAUUUCUGUGAAGAAACUCGCAGUGACAGACAUUCCGCGUUCUGGACCUUCGGCUGUCCUACUGGAUCUUUUUGGAAUCAGCGCCAAAAAUAUUGUGGCGGCAGUAAAGAAAACCGUUUAAUUUUACAGCAUAACACCAUGUGUUUAUUUUUUACCAUAUACAUUUUUUUUUUAUUGGCUAAUUGGUAAAAACUAAUUUUUGUUAGUCACUUUUUGUUAAAUUUAUUUUUUCUAAGUUGUACAAAGAAUUAAAUUUGUAACCUCGAGCGAUUCCAUGUGCAACACAAUUUCAUAUUUUAAUUUUUUUUCCCCCCAUUCAAAUUUUAUAAGUCAAACACGUUUUAUUUUUUCCAAAUAAUAUUUUAUCAUAUUUAUUUGAAAAUAAACUAGUUUUGUUUGUAUGA